AUGCCUAAAAAAGGCACGCAUGGCUUGGAUAUGAUGCAAGGCACUGCAACAGCUCAAGUUAAUCUAGACUAUGUCUCAGAAAAAGACAUGAUUGUAAAGUUCCGUACUGCACUCAAGUUACAGCCUCUCACAACAGCACUUUUUGCAAAUUCUCCUUUUGAUCCAAGAGGUAUAACACCCUAUCAAAGUAAGAGAAGUUUUUAUUGGGCUCACACAGAUCCUGAUCGAUGUGGCCUUAUUUCGGAAGUUUUUGAAGAUUCCUUUUCUUUUGAACAAUACAUAGAUUUUGCUUUAGACGUUCCGAUGUACUUUGUUUAUCGAGGAGAUAACUAUCUAGACGCCCGAGGACAGUCUUUCAGAGACUUCAUCAAAGGAAAGCUCCCAGCGUUUCCAGACGAAUUACCUACUUUUCAAGAUUGGUCAGACCAUUUAACGACUAUUUUUACGGAAGUCCGUUUAAAAACUUUUCUUGAAAUGCGUGGUGCGGACGGUGGUAACCAAGAUCAUGUUUUGGCUCUUUCUGCACUUUGGACAGGAAUUUUAUAUGACGCAAGCGCUUUAGCUUUUUGCGAAGACCUUACAAAAAGUUGGACAUUUGAAGAUGUUCAUACCCUUUUAUUAGACUGCGCAAAAGAUGGCUUUGAUGCGACAAUUAAAGGACAAAGUGUUCGAGAUCUGACAAGGCAAAUUGUUUCUCAGGCUCAAGCAGGGCUUAAACGUAGAAAAUUUCUUAAUGAAAAAGGACAAGAUGAGUCUAUUUAUCUAGACUAUCUAUUCGAAAGGCUGGAAAAAGGAACACAAGCAACCCUUUGGAAAAAAGCUUUUUUUGAUACGUUUCAGCAAGACAUCAAUACGUUGUUACGUUCUGCGGCAAAGACAUUAUAA